AUGGACGGUCAUUCUCGGGUGCAGGUAUUCACAGAUCACAGUGUCGGUCCCAACCCAUUCGGCGUCGCCUCCUUCAAGGGCAUCGCCAACCGCCAACCCUACGACAUUACAGUGUCACUCACUCUUCCACGAUCCCCAUCUAACCUAGACCGCGGCAAUUUCAUGCUCGCGCUGCACCUCCUUUCCUCAGGCCCCACGGCCUCCGAAGCCGCCUCCAAUGCCACCCCCGAAGCCGCCUCUGACGCCGCCUCUGACACCGUCCCAAUCAUCACCACCUCCAAACCCGUCCCCUACCUGCUACCCGCCCGGCCGUUUUCUGACCCCUCAGCGGAAUCACCGCAAUCAUCUUGGCACUCUCUCGACGCCCUUCUCCAACCAACCCGCCUCGACCUCCCCGCCUUCCUCGCCUCCCACACCAUCGUGCACACCACCGCGCGCCCCGCCCUAAUCCCCUACGUCGACCCGCUCGCCUCGCUCGCCUCGCGCAUCCUCUUCCUCGGCUACCACCUGCUCGCCCCGCGCGGCGCCGCCGCCGUGCUCUUGACCGUGCCCAUGGCCGAAGGACUGGCGUUCUCUGCCCCGCGCCGCGACGCUGCCCGCCUGCUGCCCGACAGCCUGCUGCUCGAGGUCCAGGCCGGCCAGGCCAUCCAGGUGUACGACGCGCGCGUGACCAUCGUCGCCAGGCUGCGCGGCCUGCGCGCGUUCAUGUACCGCUGGCGCGUCACGGCGUUCGUGCUGUUCACGGCGGCAUUUUGGGUGCUGGAGAUGACGGUGAUGGUGGUGGGGUUGGUUGUGGUAGGGUGGACUUUUGGGGGUGGGGGUAAGGAGGUGGAGAAGGGGGGUAGUGAUGAGGAGGAGGAAGAAGGGGAGGAGGGGGAUGACGAUGAUGGUGAUGAUGACGAGGACGAGGAAGAUGGGGGUGAGAGUGGAGGCAGUGGGAGUGGCGAAACCGAUGACGGGGGGGACUGGGGCUAUGAGGAGGGGAGAGCCGUGAAGUUUGAGGUUAAGGAUGGAACCGAGGGCCCGUCUUCUUCUACAUCGGGGACCACGACGAUAAAGAAGGAAGAGGAAAAGGAAGACACCCUGGAGAUGGGGAGCGUGCCCUCGUUAGAAACUGGGUCGAGCACCGACGCGGAUGAUGAGGACGAGGUGAAGCGGGAGGAGGGACUCGAGUCAAAAGAUUUGGAUACUGGGACUCAAUCAAGUAGUAGCCAAGUGAGGGAAGGGUUCGCGAGAAGGAGGAAUCUCCUAUCGAGUGAGGACAUUUCAGUACAUGGGAAUGGAGACUGA